UACUCCUGGCCAGGUGACAGCUGCUGGCAGCUGCCCCCCCUGCUGCCGGGCAUGUCCCCCCUCAGCAGCUACGAGGGUCUGCGGCGGGAGAUCCAGCGGCUGGCCCAGGAGAAUGAAGAGUUGCGACGGCUUGUGCAGCUCAUCCAGGAGAACCAGGAGCUGAAGCUGGUGCUCCAGACCCGGGGCAGAGGCCUGGGCUUCUGUGGCUCCGGGCUCCUGGCCGAGGUGGCCACCAGCCCCCGGCUGCCCCGGCGCAGAACCAUCAAGUUCAAGGAUGCCGAAAGAGUUCUCCCAGGACUGCCGGCUGCAGAGUCAGUGCUGGACUCCAGCCCUGUCACCAUGGGCAGCCCCGAGGGGCGUUUCCAUUUCGCCAUCGACCGUGGAGGCACCUUCACAGAUGUCUUUGCCCAGUGCCCCGGGGGGCAAGUGAGGGUCUUGAAGCUGCUCUCAGAGGACCCCGCCAACUAUGCAGACGCCCCUACUGAGGGCAUCCGCCGCAUCCUGGAGCAGGAAGGAGGCGUGCUGUUGCCGCGGGACCAGCCGCUGGACACCAGCCGCAUUGCCAGCAUCCGCAUGGGCACCACGGUGGCCACCAACGCGUUGCUGGAGCGGCGGGGGGAGCGGGUGGCGCUGCUGGUGACGCGUGGCUUCCGAGACCUGCUGCACGUGGGCACCCAGGCCCGAGAGGACCUCUUUGACCUGGCCGUGCCCAUGCCUGAGGUGCUGUACGAAGAGGUGCUGGAGGUGGACGAGCGCGUGGUGCUGUAUCGCGGGGAGCCAGGUGCAGGGACACCUGUCAAAGGCCGCACGGGGGACCUGCUGGAGGUGCAGCAGCCUGUGGACCUUGGGGCUCUGCGUGGGAAGCUGGAGGGACUCCUGUCCCGAGGUGUCCGCAGCCUGGCCGUGGUGCUCAUGCACUCCUACACGUGGGCCCAGCAUGAGCAGCAGGUGGGCGCACUGGCCCGGGAGCUGGGCUUCACCCACGUGUCUCUGUCCUCGGACACCAUGCCCAUGGUGCGCAUCGUGCCUCGGGGGCACACGGCCUGUGCCGACGCCUACCUUACCCCCACCAUCCAGCGUUACGUGCAGGGUUUCCGCCGUGGCUUCCAGGGCCAGCUCAAGGACGUGCAGGUGCUGUUCAUGCGCUCCGAUGGUGGCCUGGAGCCCAUGGAGUCCUUCAGCGGCUCCCGGGCUGUGCUCUCUGGCCCUGCUGGGGGUGUGGUUGGCUACUCGGCCACCACCUACCGGGUGGAAGGCGGCCAGCCCGUCAUCGGCUUUGACAUGGGAGGCACAUCCACCGACGUGAGCCGCUACGCUGGGGAGUUUGAGCAUGUCUUUGAGGCCAGCACGGCUGGUGUCACCCUCCAGGCCCCUCAGCUGGACAUCAACACAGUGGCAGCUGGUGGGGGCUCCCGCCUCUUCUUCAGGUCCGGCCUCUUUGUGGUGGGGCCUGAGUCUGCAGGAGCCCAUCCUGGCCCCGCCUGCUACCGCAAAGGGGGCCCCGUGACGGUGACGGAUGCCAAUCUGGUUCUGGGUCGCCUACUGCCUGCCUCCUUCCCCUGCAUUUUUGGGCCGGGAGAGGGCCAGCCACUGUCCUCUGAGGCCUCCCGAAAGGCCCUGGAGGCUGUGGCCGCUGAGGUCAACAGCUUCCUGACCAACGGGCCUUGCCCGGCCUCCCCGCUGAGCCUGGAGGAGGUAGCCAUGGGGUUCGUGCGUGUGGCCAACGAGGCCAUGUGCCGGCCCAUCCGCGCACUCACGCAGGCAAGAGGCCACGACCCCUCGGCCCACGUGCUGGCUUGCUUUGGGGGAGCUGGCGGGCAGCAUGCGUGCGCCAUUGCCCGAGCCCUGGGCAUGGACACUGUGCACGUUCACAGGCACAGCGGGCUGCUGUCAGCGCUGGGGCUGGCCCUGGCGGACGUGGUGCACGAGGCACAGGAGCCGUGUUCCUUGCCCUACGCACCUGAGACCUUUGUGCAGCUGGACCAGAGGCUGAGCCGCCUGGAGGAGCAGUGUGUGGACGCCCUGCGGGCCCAGGGCUUUCCCAGGUCCCAGAUCAGCACCGAGAGCUUCCUGCAUCUGCGCUAUCAGGGCACAGACUGUGCCCUCAUGGUGUCUGCCCACCGGCACCCGGCCGCUGCCCGCUCGCCCCGUGCUGGCGACUUUGGGGCCGCCUUUGUGGAGAGGUACAUGAGAGAGUUUGGCUUCGUCAUCCCCGACCGGCCGGUGGUGGUGGACGACGUGCGUGUGAGGGGCACUGGCCGCAGCGGCCUUCGCCUCGAGGAUGUUCCCAGAGCUCAGACCGGGCCUCCCCGCAUAGACAAGAUGACCCAGUGCUACUUUGAGGGGGGCUACCAGGAGACCCCUGUGUACCUGCUGGGAGAGCUGGCCUAUGGGCACAAGCUUCAGGGGCCCUGCCUCAUCAUCGACAGCAACAGCACCAUCCUGGUGGAGCCCGGCUGCCAGGCAGAGGUGACUGAUACUGGGGACAUCCGCAUCUCUGUGGGGGCUGAAGUCCCGAGCCUGGUGGGCGCCCAGCUUGACCCCAUCCACCUGUCCAUCUUCUCUCACCGCUUCAUGAGCAUUGCUGAGCAGAUGGGCCGCAUCCUGCAGCGCACAGCCAUCUCCACCAACAUCAAGGAGCGUCUGGACUUCUCCUGUGCCCUCUUCGGGCCCGAUGGGGGGCUGGUGUCCAACGCCCCCCACAUCCCCGUGCACCUGGGCGCCAUGCAGGAGACCGUACAGUUCCAGAUCCAGCACCUGGGGGCCGACCUCCACCCUGGUGACGUGCUGCUGAGCAACCACCCGAGCGCUGGGGGCAGCCACCUGCCAGACCUGACCGUCAUCACCCCGGUGUUUUGGCCGGGUCAGACUCGGCCUGUGUUCUACGUGGCAAGCCGUGGGCACCAUGCGGACAUUGGGGGCAUCACGCCGGGCUCCAUGCCUCCCCACUCCACCACACUGCAGCAGGAGGGCGCCGUCUUUCUGUCUUUCAAACUCGUCCAGGGAGGAGUCUUCCAAGAGGAGGCGGUAACUGAGGCCCUGCAGGCCCCAGGCAAGAUUCCCGGCUGCAGCGGCACGAGGAACUUGCACGACAACCUGUCGGACCUCCGCGCCCAGGUGGCCGCCAACCAGAAGGGCAUCCAGCUGGUGGGAGAGCUCAUCGGGCAGUAUGGCCUGGAUGUGGUGCAGGCCUACAUGGGCCACAUUCAGGCGAACGCGGAGCUGGCUGUGCGAGAUAUGCUGCGGGCCUUUGGAACCUCCCGGCAGGCCCGAGGCCUGCCCCUGGAGGUGUCAGCAGAGGACCACAUGGAUGAUGGUUCCCCCAUCCGGCUCCGCGUGCAAAUCAACCUGAGUCAGGGCAGCGCAGUGUUUGACUUCAGCGGCACGGGGCCUGAGGUGUUCGGCAACCUCAACGCUCCGCGGGCCAUCACGCUGUCCGCCCUCAUCUACUGCCUGAGGUGCCUGGUGGGCCGCGACAUCCCGCUCAACCAGGGCUGCCUGGCGCCAGUGCGCGUCGUGAUUCCCAGAGGCUGCAUUCUGGAUCCGUCCCCCGAAGCGGCCGUGGUGGGUGGCAACGUGCUCACGUCGCAGCGCGUGGUGGACGUCAUCCUGGGGGCCUUUGGGGCCUGCGCCGCCUCCCAGGGCUGCAUGAACAACGUGACCCUGGGCAACGCCCACAUGGGCUACUACGAGACGGUGGCGGGCGGCGCGGGCGCGGGCCCCGGCUGGCACGGGCGCAGCGGCGUGCACAGCCACAUGACCAACACGCGCAUCACCGACCCCGAGAUCCUGGAGAGCAGGUACCCAGUCAUCCUGCGCCGCUUCGAGCUGAGGCAGGGGUCCGGGGGCCGCGGGCGCUUCCGAGGCGGCGACGGCGUCGUCCGCGAGCUGCUCUUCCGCGAGGAGGCGCUGCUGUCCGUGCUGACCGAGCGUCGCGCCUUCCGGCCAUACGGCCUCCACGGGGGCGAGCCCGGAGCCCGGGGCCUAAACCUGCUGAUUCGCAAGGACGGCCGGACGGUGAAUCUGGGCGGAAAGACGUCGGUGCCCGUGUUCCCCGGGGACGUGUUCUGCCUCCACACACCAGGCGGGGGCGGCUACGGGGACCCGGAGGACCCCGCCCCACCGCCGGGGUCGCCUCCGCAGCCCCCAGCCUUCUCUGAGCGCGGCAGCGUCUACGAGUACCGCAGAGCCCAGGAGGCGGUGUGAGGGAGGGCCCCCACAAUAAACAGCGAAGUCACCGCGUUCCCGCGGCAGCCGGCCAGGCUCACGCUCUGCGUCCGCGUCCGUCUUUCCAACUGUCGCCUGCGAGCCUGCGUCAGGAGGGCACGGAAACUCGGAGGCGAAGUCCCACGGCCAGGUGGUCUGUGAGCCCCGCCAGGGCGGUGCUGAACGUCACCUGUUCCACCUCCUGGGGGCGGGAGUCAGACUGAGGAGUCGCCCUAGCUGCAGCCGGCCCAGCGCCCUGAAUUCUGGCACUUACUGGGCUCAGCGGGCCUCCGACCGCUCCCCGGUACAUGAUGUAGUCCAGGCGCCGGCCCCGCCAGGGCUCAGCCCGGCGGCCUCCGCCCAGAGGGCCCGCCAGGUAGCGGCGGCGCCCUUCCUCCUGCUCCAGGGCCCUGAGGAGGGGUGGUGUCACCAAGGCCAGGACUCCCCGGCGUUCCGGGCGGCGUCUGACCCCCAGGUCGCCACUCACCUCCUUAACAUCUCCGGGGAGCAGGCCACCGAGUGGCGGAGGGUGGAGGUGCUCAGUAUUGUGCCUGGGGGAGGGCGGGCGGAGGGCGGUGUCAGCGGCAGCCGCGGCCCUCGAACCGCACCCAGGUCGGCUCCCCACCCGGUUGCCCCCGUACCCAGAGCCCAGGGCUGAUCCCGGCGCGUGCCCAGCCGGCAGGGGUCCCGGAAGUGGCUGAAGAGCUGGUGCUCCUGCUCCUGCGCGUGGUCUGCGGGGCGAGAUCAGCGCGUGGUGGGCGGGGCCAGGCCGCCCCGCCCCCGCCCCGCCCCGCCGCAGCCUGCCCUCACCUGAGGAGCAGUUGUCGAAGUUUAGGUCGCCCAGGAGCACGCUGAAGGCCACGGCCUCGCCACUCUCGCGGCUCUCGGCUUCAAACUGCUCGAUCCAGUCCAGUAGGAGCGUCAGCUGUUUACAGCGCAAGGGCCCGUCCUCUGCGAGGGCGGGAACGGAAGGCUCAGCGGGGCCGCGCUCCCCGCCCCCCCCCUCCCCGGGGCUCGCGGUGCCGCGGGCAGUGAACCAACGGUCGGGGGCGCGGAGAGGCCAGACGGCCUGCCCACGCGCCGACGAUCCCGUCCUCGGGCUCACCACUCGGCGCAUGCAAGUGCGUGCAGUGCAGGAAGCCCACGACGCGGCGCCCGUCCAGGAUGCCCACCUGCGCCUGCAACACCACGGAGGGCCCCAGCAACCGUCGCCAGUUCGAGCCCACGCCAGCCCUCUCCCCGCCAGGAGGCGCCGCGGCGGUUGGGCAGGUACCUGUGCGGAAAGCAGUCCCUUGGAGGCCAGCGCGUCCUCGCGACGUGCGUGGGGGAAGGACCGGAAGGCGGCGCGCAGCAGCGGGUAGCGCGAGGCCAGCAGCAGCCCGCUGCCGAGCAGCUUGAGGUGCGGCCCGGGCUGCAGGCCACACGAGCCCACGUCGUGCAGCACCGGGCCCAGACUGGGCGCUAGGCGGCUCACGAGGCGGUGCGCCGAGCGCAGGUCGAACACCUCCUGCAGGCACACGAAUUCCAGACCUGCCGGCACCUCGGCUGUCAGCACUCCGCAGGGCGCCCCCGGCCCCGGCGGACUGCUGCCAGUGGCCCCAUAGCGCGAGGGCCGCAGGCCGGCGAGCAGCGCGGCGCCCACAGCCUCGGCCCGCCGCUGGCUGUGCUUCAAGUUGCUGAAGCGCGCCAGCCCGUCGGGGAGCAGGCACAGGUUGGCGCUGAGGAAGCUGAAGCAGCGCGCGGGCUCGGCCGGGGGGCGCCAGGGCGCUGGGGGCUCCCAGCACUGCGGCGGGGGCUGGUAGCAGAAGGGGCGGCGCCAGGUCUGCAGGAGCAGCCAGAGCGGCAGCCCGAGCAGGGCCAGGGGCAGGCCGACCAGCAGCAGCAGCAGCAGCGCGGCCCCAGCGCCGGCAGCGGCUUUCAGCCGCCGCAGGCCGCUCGGGCGCGCGGUCGGCGCGCAGCAGCCCAGCAGCCGGUCCAGGGCCCAGUAAGCCGGGAAGAGCAGGGCUCGAGCCAGGCGGUGGAGGGCAUGCAGUCCCGGGUGCGGGAAGGGAGAGGGCCGUGGGGCCCCGGACGCUGGGGGCCAGUCCGGAAGGGUCUGCAUGAUGUGCGGGGCUCCUCCGCCUCGCGGCGCCCCUGCGACCCAGUCGCUGCCAGCGUGCGUCCGCGGGAGCUGCGGGGGUGUCACGGGGGUCAAGGUUACGUGGCGCCACUUGUGCGCGGAACGGCGUAGGUGCUGUGCCCCGGGAUCGCUGGGGCGCGGGCGCAGGGGGCAACCGGCGCGCCGGGAAGCCGCGCUCUCCUCUCCCGCGCGGAGUCUGGGCGGCCGUUGGAGGGAACAAAAGGGAAAGCGAAAGAGACCCUGGUUUCGCAGCCCCGCCCCAGAUACUCCUCGCCCCACUCUGCCCCGCCCUCCCCUGUACGCCACCGGGAGAGCCCCCAGACCUGCCCGACGCGAGCGGGGAUUGGGGUGCAGCCUACAGCAAAUGGAGAGCGACCCUCUUUAGUGCAGGCGGGCGCAGCGCCGGUGGAGGCAGUGCGGUGCGUGCUGCGUCCAGCUCCCUCCGCCGGCCCGCAAGUCCGCGCGGAAUUGCCGGCGCCCUCCAGCGGCCCAGACUUUGGGGUCUACCCCAGCCCCACCCGUCUCCCGGGGUUCAGGUGUCCCGCAACUGAGUUCAAAGACACAGCUCCAGAGGAGGGACGGACUCAGAACGCCCUAAUCUGCCACCCAGUGAGAGCCCCGCAGAGCUGCCCUAAGAGGCCUGUCCCCCGUGGUGACAGACCGCUCCGUGAUCCUACCCCGAGGAGCUUCCAGUCGGGAGGUGAGGGGCCGUUGGUGCGGAUUUGCGCCGCCGCAACCUCAGGACACGUGAGCCACAUGGAAAUCAGCUCCCCAUCCAGGGGCCCUCUUGUACCUGCUUCCUUGGUUCCCAGGACCCUGCUGCCCCGCUCUCUGUCAGGUGCUGCCGGGCCCUGCUUGGGCCCGCAUCUGAAUCAUUUGAGCCGUGAACCACAGCCCACCGCUCUCCUGGUUGGGUCUUAAAUUGCCCAGGAGUUUGGAUCUGGGCAGCCAUUCACGACUGCUGCCAGGGAGGAGGAGGGACUUCUGCCCCCCACCCCCACCCCCAAUUCUCCAGGAAUCCCUGAUCCCCUUUAGAAGCCAAGAUCUGGUGCUGGGUGUGUUCACCGCGACAGUUGUGUCUUGCUGCUAGGCCUUGUCGGCAGACAGCUAGGAGAUUUCCAUCUCUAGAUGUCACACUUCUCUAUGUGGAGUCCUUCCCUGCCUUUCCGCGGGGGUCUGGCUGGAUCCCCUGAAGUAGCAGGCCUGGGAGUGGAGAGGGCAGGGAGCUCCCGCGCCAGAAGGCCCUAGCACACCCCACAACCCUCUCCCUCCCUGCCUUCCUUGCUGGUUGCUGAUAUGCCUCUGGUUGAACCUUGGGACUCUUCUGUUCCCUCAGAGCGCUCUGGCUGGCAAGCACCGGUGUUCCAGGAGCCUCCUCGCCUGGGGUCCUCACUCCCACCUCCUCAGCCCACCCUUUGCCUCCUAUCGCAGCUCCAGCCUCCUUCCCUUCCUCGGGCAGGUCCUCUCCUUUACCUCUCGUGGGCCAGAGGCCACUCUGUGGGCUUUACCCCACUGCCCAUCUCGCAUGCACACCCUGGCAAGGACCCCCAUCUUGGCCUCCAGUCCUCAGUUUCCUGCACUAUCCACAGGCCCCUCCCCUUUGUCUGCAGGUUACCCCUGGUGGAGUCCCAUUUUACACGCCCCCUGCCCUCUGCUGCUCCCUUGGGCUUUCCCAUUCUGCCUGCGCUCUGCCCCUGCCCCUGCAGCAGGUGGGUUCUGCCGCCUCCAGCUCUGAGGCUCGGAACCCUGUGGAGCCUUAGGAAUCGGCCACAUCUCCCUGGGCUGCCCCUCGCUAGGAUUUGGGUGAGUCUCCUUUCUCCGGGGUCCCGUCCAUCUAAUGUCCUCUUGCCCUUAGUGAGGGUCCAGGAGCCCUCCCUGCCCCCUCUCCUGCCGCCCUCUUCCUGGCCUAGGACAGAGGGAAGGGUUCCCACAUCCACAUCCUUGUCUUCUGCCUUCCACUCUGCACCCAGGCUUUAGCUCUCUGUACAGCGCUAAUGCUGCUGGCACAGCCACGGCCCUUCCCUGCCAGGUCGGCUCCUCCUUGCUUCCUGCUCUUCCCCCUCCGAGUCUCAGGGGCUCCUGCUGCUCUCACCCGCAGGCCGGUGGCAGCUGGGGACCUUUGAACACCACCCCCCUCAGCGGACAGCUGCCAAGCUUUGGUCUUGGGGCUCUCUCCGAGGACCCUGGGGUGGGCCUGGAGCCCCAGGGCAAGCAGGAUUGAAGGGGUGCGGGGGGAGGAGGUGCUGGUGGGCCACCCCGGCGGAGGCAGCACCCCCAGGAGUUCUGGCCCAGGGCCCAGCGGCUAGCGUGUGUGGGAAGCUUUAAUGGCCUGGCACCGAGGAGCGGGGCAGAGCGGGCCUGGCUGGCAGGAGCCGGCAUCACCAGAUGAACAUAGGCUUGCCAUCGUCAUGCGCCAGCUGGUUGAGGCAGGAGAGCAGCAGCAGGGCGUCAGUGAGCAUGCUGGGGUGCACGGUCUCCACCAGCACACGCUGCAGGAAGUCCACGGUGUAGGAGCCGCCCUCGGACGCGGCCAGCUCUGGCCUCUCACGCAGGAUCCCGUAGGCGUUCACCAGCUGCUCGGUGAGCGCCGGGUGCACCCGCCCGUCGUAGCCCAGGCUCUGCAGCCGGUUCAUGAUGCCUACAUAGCGCUGCGUGAGUGUCUGGCACAGCUCUUCAUCCAGCUUGUGGUCGCUGGGGUUCAGGGAGGCCUGAGGGAGAGCGGCCGUCAGGGCCCCUCCUGCUCCCACCGCCACAAAGGCAAGAGAGGGGCAGGUGCGGCUGAGGGGUGUGGCUGUGGCGACGUGCUGGAGGGAGGUGUCCUGGAGGCCCUGGGAGAGAGGUCUGGGGACUGGCAGCAACCCGGGGGUCUCCACCCGCUUCUUUACUGCCUGUGCCUUCCAACCGGGCAGUGACUGCAUCCCGCGGCAUCUCGCCAGGAGAGCGGCCCCCCCUCCCCACUCCUGCCGUUGCCUCUCGGGCAUGUGACCUGGACAUUCGCUCAGGGCCCCGGCUCAGAAGGGCCCACACUCAGCUUAAUGUCCUGCUGUAGCCAUCUUGAAGUUCUUUAUAGGUUUUGAACAGAGAGCCGUGUAUUUUCAUUUUCACCGAGUCCUGCACAUUACGUCUCUGUCACACGUGCAGCUGCCCCCAGGCCCACAGAAUGUCAGGUCUGAAGUAGAUGGGGUCUCUUGCCUGAGGCCCUCCUACACGUCCCACCUCUUGGGGCCAGCACUCUGGCCCCAAGGUCCCCACUCUGGCCCUGCUCAUCCCCUUCCAACCAUUCCUGGAUGCCCACCUGCUGGUUCCUAACCUGCUGGAACGAGCUGCUGAGGCGUCACUUUCUCCGAGAAUGUCCCCUGUCCUUUCCUCCCCAGGUGGUCUUGUGAAUAGAGCACUGGACUCCUGGCUCAGCUCAGCCAAAGUGACGCCUGACCGCUGGCAGACGUACCUGGAGCCCUGUGCUCAGCACCCCCGCUGCACGGUCACUAGAGUAAGCUCAUCUCCCUGCCUCUAGGCUCCUCCCGGCCCCUGAGCCUUCUCCCUCCUUUCACCUGCUCCUGUGCCGUCAGGCAGGCUGCAGGAGUUCAGCCACCGUCUGUGGGUGACAAGUGGGGCCGCUGGACGGCGCAGAGCACAGUGAGUGGGUAGCUUUAAGCCCCAGCCCCCGAGGACAUCAGAACCCAUUAUAUGCUCACUCCGGGGCCGUGGCUGAGCUCCUGCUGUGUGCCAGACGCCAUGCGUGGAGCUCCAGACAGGAGCAGAAGUCAGGGGUGGGCACCCUGCGCCCACCCUGCCAGGGUACUGGAUGGGGAAGAGCAGUGUGGGCACACUUACACUGAGACGCAAGGCUGCGGCUGCCCCGAGGAGGUGACCUCUUGAGAGAGGAGCACAGGUGAGGCAAGUGAGGGGGGACAAGCAGGACAAGCACUCCACAGAAGCGAGGGAGCAGCGGGCACCGAAGCAAGAGAGGGGGAGGGCUCUGUUCUGCAGAUAAUUCGCAGCCCUCCCCUGUGCAGGGCACCAUACCAGGUGAUGGGAUUCAAGUGUGAGCAAAGCCCUCUGAGUUUAUGGUGAUGACAGCGCUAAGGAGAGGGACGCUACUGUGAAUGUUGCCGCGGGGAGGGGACUCUGGAGGGGAGAGGGUGCUGGGCUGAGGUCUGAGGGACGAGGAUCUCAGGAGGAAAGAAACUUCCAGGACAAGGAACAGCAUGCGUGGCUUGGAAGGUACCAGGAGGCAGAGCACAGAGCAAGGAGAGGGGCCCACAGGGAGGGCCAGGUUCAGGGACCGCUUCUGUCCCCACACUGGGUCUGAGCCUCCCCUGCUCUGACACGGAGGAAAGCAAACCACCUGACAGCUGCUUUGAAGAGUAAAGGAAAUGUCUCUAGGGGGUGCUGAGCACAGCAUCUGUACCGGUGUGCACCCCCUUGAGGCGGUCCCGGCUCCAGGGGACACAUCAGUGGGCUCUCACGUUGAGCAGAAUUGUGUUUCAAAGGAAUGGAGGAGGGGUGACAUAGUUGGCCAGGAUGAGGCCAGGGUAUAUACAGGCGGGGAGGAGGCAGCAAAGCCAUCUCAGUGCCUAGCUCCCAGCCUCAACUCUCCUGCCCCCCGUAGCAUGUGUCACCCCCUGGACCUGUAGCAUACAUAUUUAUGGCUUUUCUUAUUUAUUGAAGGCCUCCCAGGAGUGGGCGAGCUCCUGGAGCGCAGAGACCGUCUGAUAUAAACUUGGUAUGCACUGAAUGCUCCAUAAUAGGAGUGAAGAGAUGGAGGGGAAGGAUAGUAAGGUGCUAGCAGUUUAGUCCAGGGCCUAGGUGAAUGUAGACGCAGGCGUAUACAUGGGAAACAUCUUUAGAGGGAGACUCAGCAGAGGACCUGGUGCUGGACCAGAUGUGGAGGAGAGAACAGGUGCCACCAAAUACGCACGCACCUGCAAGAAACUGAGCACGUGUUCACCACCCAGUCUUUCCAUUCUGGAAACGACGCCGAGCACGUGUUCAGUGCUAAGGGAAACGGCGGCAAAGGUUCAGCCCUUGUUCCCGUUAGAAAGCAACGCUCAAGAGGCGGCCGCACGUCCCUCAGAGGGCGGAGACUGGAGCGUGCAUCCUGACUCUUGGGUUAGAGAGAAAAUCCAAAGCAGUUUGUGAAAUCCUUACACCUGAGAAGCCCCCGCCCGUGGGUGGGAGGCCGCCGGGCCGGGCGGGUCCACCUGCUGCACCACUGGUUAAAUAUAGAGCGAACUGCCUUGCCCCACACGUAUUUCCAAACACAGGCUGUGUAAAAUAAAAUGACUUAAGUGCUCAGCCCAAGAAGGAGGAAUAAAGCAAACCAAAAGGAAGCAGAAGGAAAGAGCUGAGCCGAGGAAACAGAAUCCUAAGGAUCAACAGAGGAUCAGCAAGAAAACCCCGCGAGCGCACCGAAGCCCCGCCUUCCCCUGCGGAGGGAAACUCCCACCUGCGACCCCGCGUCCGCGACGGCAGCAAGGCCUGACGUCACCGAGACCGGGCCAAUGGGCUCGGUGUGUUCGCGAGAUAAGUAGCGAAGCUGCAGAAGUCGUAAAUAACCGCAAACGGCAUCUGGAGGCGUUAAAAUCACGAGGGUGGGGCGCCUGGGGGGCUCAGCUGGUUAAGCGUGGGACUUCGGCUCAGGUCAUGAUCUCACGGCUCAUGAGUUCAAGCCCCACGUUAGCUCAGAGCCUGGAUCCUGUUUUGGAUUCUGUGUCUCCCCCCCCCCCCCCGCUGCCCCUCCCACACCUGAUCGCGCGCCCUCUUUCUCCCCCUCUCUCAAAAACAAAAACACCAGGAUACAGUGCGGUUUAUGAUCAGAAUACCUUCUCAUGUGUCCUUCCGAAAUGUUAAAAGGGAGGGAGGGAAAACUCGUGUGAUCUUUUCAAUGAAAGGCAGAAAAUACAUUCAUAAAAGUAUUCAUGAUUAAGAAAACCCCCCAAAGGUGUCAAUGAACGAGGAAGAGGAAAAACUUAACCUGAUGUGGCAGGGGCUGAAGCUGCCUCAUCAGGCUUCCGUUCUAGUGCUUCUAGUGCUUUUGUGAAGCUGAAAGCCUUUUCCAGACUGGCCUGUGGCUUAGGGACCUCUGCGACCUGGGCUUCUGCCCAGCAGGACCCGUGAGUGGAACUUGCAGGCGGAUGUGGAUGCCGGGAGACAGUGGUGCCCAGGGGGAGCAGGGGUCCCCGAGAGUGCAGUGGGUAUGACCCUGGUUCUUCAGGGGCAGCCAUACCAACUUCUGUGCCCAGUUUUGUGUCCUCACCUAAACAUGUAUAAUAAACCUCUUUCUGUUUACAUCA